AUGAGGCUGUUGGGGUCGGUGCUGAAGCGCCCGCUGCCAGAGGGCGACCGGUGGCGUAGAUAUGUGAUUGAGUUUGUGGACUCUCGUCGCGACUUUCGCCUGGCUGAGAUCAAGGCCGUCGCAGAGGUGCUCAACGUCAACUGGGUCCUGCACGAUGACAACUACGACGACGAGACACUGCAUGUGGUGGCAGACUUUGAUGGCCCGGAGAGUGUGAUGGUGGAUGUGGCGGAACGGUCCAUGCUUGUGCGCUACAUUGCCGUGCUCUGGGGCUGGGGAACAGACUGGACAUCAUGCAUGCAACACAUUAACCACGACGCCCUGGCACCAUACAGGAAAGGCCCGAAGGAGAACAUCUGGUCCAACUUUGAGCAGUAUGGCCUUUCGUCGCAGUUUGUUGGCGUGCUCGUGGCCGACAACCACCGCUCUCCAUAUGUCAACAGGGAAAUGUUCGACGCCGUCGUCGCAGACCCACCGUAUGGCAUUCGAGAGCAAGCGCGUCGCAUCGCCAGCCAGCCGCUCGCAGAGGAGCACCGGACUGAGGCGCACUUCCCCAAGAGCGAGGCGUACGGACUUGGGUCCAUCUUCCACGACCUCCUCCACUUUGCUGCAGAGCGACUCGUGAUUGGUGGCCGGCUUUGCUUUUGGAUCCCGGAAGCGCUGGACGACGAUUCAUUCAAGUUGCCGAUGCACCCGUGCCUGGAGUUGGUGUCUGCGUGCCAGCAGAUGCUGUCUGGGCGGCUUGCGCGGCGGCUGGUGACAAUGCGCAAGACGCGGCAUGUACAGGAGGGCGACCGCACCGUGGAGACGCUGCCUGCCUCUUGGGAGGUGCGCCAUGUCGUCUUCAGGCGCGACGAUGAAGAAGAAGCAGAAGAAGAAGAGCAAGAUGCUGGUGACGGUGGUGAUGGUGACCAUGAUACCAGCGUGAGCAAGGUGGUGGAGGCAGUACAGCAAGCGCAGCAGGCGCAGCAGGCGCAGCAGGCGCGCAGUGCUGGUAGCACCAGGGAGGAGGAGCAAGAGGGGGAGCGCAGAUGACACAGCUGGCGCGAGAUACAUCACUCUCAGUGCACCCGCCUCUCGCUCGUUUGUUUUUGCCCACCGCUUGUGCUUCAUUUUAUGGCAAAUAAACGUUUACCCACUG